AUGACUAAUGAUCUAACUACAGCUUUUAGUGAAGAGAUCGCAAGGUGCUUCACGUUUGAUGGUGUUUUCAAAGAUUUAAACAAUCAGGUUAAACUUAAGGAUCUGUCACAAUCGUUUGAUUCAAGAGAAUUUUUGGGUCCACUACUCAGUCACUACACAUUUCCACCAGUACAUUGGUUUGGGACGUGUUUGUAUGGAGUUGUUCUAGAAGCUCUGGAUAUCAAGGAACAGGAACAACCAGUUGAAUGUUACGAUCUAGAUAUACCCGAAGAUGAAGCCAUUAGUUAUGCAUUCGAUCACCAUUCGUUAGUAACAUCUCAGUUGCCUGAUUCAUACGAUGAUAUCGUCCAAACCGCCGACGAAAUCAUUAAGGAAAUUGAUAUUCUUAUGAAUGAUGAUGAAGAUAUCCCUUUGUCACUGUGCAAUAUGGUUCAGUCGGAGUAUAAACGUCCACUGGUGCUAGAAAAUAUCGGAAGUGAUUGGCUUCCUGAAGAAGCUAUGCAAGAUCUUUCUCUGAAUGAACUCAAUGCAUUAUUAGAGGAACUAGAAUCUUGUGUACGAGAAUAUUCUGCUAUCCUUGUUCAAGAGUUAGCAUAUAGAGAAGAAUUGGAUUUUGAACAAGAACAGAAAGAUAUUUUUAUUGCACGCUUGAAUGAAUUGCACCGCCGUCUGGAGCGUCGGAGACGUCUGAGUAUACCACCAGAUAAUCAUAUCCAGUUACUGUCGAAUUCUCUGUUGGUAAAAGACUAUGAUGAAGCGUGCACAUUUGGGCGAAACGUAGUAUUUGACAAUAUGGGAUCACCACCGAAUUCUGUUCAUAAAGAAGCCCCACCAUUCAUUUUACGUGCACAGUCAGCAGCUCAGGCAGCGGUUGCUGCAACAUCAUCUGCAACAGUUGCAAUAAAAAGACAUUUUCGAAAGCUGAGUACAUUCUCAAAGGAUACUUCAGGAACAACUCAUCAGUCAGAUCAAUGUAAUCCUGUCCAUACAACAUCUAUUUCUACAAAUAAUAAAUGUGACGUGAACAAUUUAUCAGAAAAAGAUGAUCAUACAAUUCACUGUCCAACAAUUAUGUCUGCUCGAGCUAUUGCCAUUGCUCGUCUUCGGAAAUGGGCCGGAAGAAAAUCAGAAGGACCUUCGGAAACUGAGAACACCGGGACUUUCAGGGCUUUCCUUCGCCGUGGGCGUCAUCAGGCAGAAGUCCCAAUGAACUCGUUUGUCCGUAGUCGAGAAGCUCGUUCAGCAGUAACUAGUCCUACAUCAUCUCAAUUUGAAUUCCCUCCAAUACCUACCACUUUAACACACUCAGCUUCUGGUCACUUGAUUGGACGAUCUGAACUAAGUUCGGAUGAUCUUGAAUAUAAGUAUUUGACCACUUCGGUUCCGUACCACCGAUCUCCCAGGAACGAAGGACCUACCGUUACCCAAUUGGAGCUGUUCAACGAUAUGCUUUUGGCCAUUUUAACGAACAAUCCAAAUCUGACACCUAUGCUUACCGAUUAUAUUCUUAAUGUCUACGCUCCAGCUGAUCGACGAUUAUCUAAACUUCCAAUUUAA